AUGAUUCCCUCGGCCUUGCCUGCUCACGCCUAUGGCCCCGCCAUACACAUCAGCUCGGGAAUUCUACAACUGGCUCCCGAUUCCGAACAGCCCCAACUGCUGUUGGUGCCCCAUGUCCAGUCCCCUUCGUUGGGCAAUCCCUGGCCGCAUUUCUAUGUGGACACCUUGACCGCUUCGCACCUGCCGCACUCCUCGAUCACACCUGACUCAAUCCAUGAACCACGCAUCGCGGUCAACGAUAAUGUGGACUUUUCGCAGCCCAAAUUGGCCCAGCCUAAGGUGAUUCACUCCCAUGGACGCUAG